GUCAACCCUCGUUUUAAGACUUUCAAAGAUGAUCUAUCCCACAAGAUGGCCGAGGCAGCGUUUAGUGGGUUAGGGAAAAACACAACAUCCAGGGGCAUCGCAGAGAGGGACGUGCCUCACAUACGUCUGGUUGGCGAUGCCGAUGUGGAGGUAAAGACAGCUUGUUUACAUAAAUCUGUCACACUCUCAAUGUUUACGUCUGCAGUAUGCACUAUUUGUAUUAAAAGAUGAUCAAAGUUCAUUUUGCUGCUGUAUAGCUCACUACAGUAUACUAAUAAAUUUAACUUCUCCCUUAUUCAACACACACAAAGCACACAAUUGGUUAGCCUUGCAUGCACACAGAUAAUGAGUAAGUUAAUUAGACCUGAGAUUGAAACCAACUGCAGCAGCAAACUCAUCAUUUGUAACUUGAAUUAAUAUGACUACAUUAUGUGGCUCCAGAGGAAAAAAAAAAUAAGAGUUCAUUUUCAGGGUAUGUUUUUAUGUUUACGUGCAAGUGGUUAGCAAGAGGAGAUUAUGAAUUAUAUAGUUUGUCACCCCAUAGGAUAUAUACGUAUUUGGAAAAAAGUUGGGCCAUGGUAGUUAUGGGGUGGUGUAUGAAGCCAUGCACAUUAAGACACAGACCCAAUGGGCCAUCAAGACUGUUUGCAAGGCAGAGGAAGUACAAAAAUCAAGAUGCUGGAGCAGGAAAUCAAAAUACUCAAACAAGUGGACCACCCUCACAUAUUACGUCUGGAGGAGAUCUAUGAAACCGCUCAGAUGACAUAUUUGGUUACUGAGCUGUGUGUUGGAGGGGAACUGAAGCAGGUGUUACAUCAGAAAAAGUUCUUUCCAGAGGAGGAAGCAAGACACAUCAUCGGCUGCUUAGCUGACGCCAUCACCUACCUUCACAAAAAGAACAUAAUGCACCGGGAUUUGAAACUUGAGAACAUUCUUGUGAAAAAUUCUCUUGAUGACAACAGUGGCAGGCUUGAUAUCAAGGUGGCAGAUUUUGGAUUAUCAGUGAAGACUUUGGGUGUUGGAAGUGAAAACAUUCUGUCAGAAGUUUGCGGGACUCCAAUCUAUAUGGCUCCUGAAAUGAUGAGCCAACGUGGUUACACACACUGGAUUGAUAUGUGGAGCGUAGGAGUCAUUAUGUAUAUUUUGCUUUGUGGGGAGCCUCCGUUUGUGUCCAAAACAAAAGAAAGCCGCCUUAAGGAGAUUAGAACAAUAGGAGUCAGAUUUUCUUCACCUAUCUGGGACACAAUCAGUGAUGCAGCAAAAAGAGUAGUGACGUGCCUGCUGAAGGAAAACCCUGCAUACCGCAUGUCAGCUAAUCAGCUGCGCGACAACCCGUGGAUUACAGGUGACACUAACACGCCCGCAGUGCCCCUCAAUGCACUCGAGAUGAUGCACAACUUCCAGGAGCAGGAGAAGAGUACACAGGAGCCCGAAGAAAACCAAGACUUGAAUUCUGUUGCCAGGACUGCUUCACCAUCUUCAACACAGGCUGAAAGCAAUGGCAUGAGCCACUCGCAUCGAAAUGACGCUUCCUGCAUACCCUCAACAUCCAUUAAGCUGACUAAAGAGGGCAGUGGCCAUCAUCAACAAGAGAAACGUAAAAGCACACCUGCAGACCUGAAUCAACCCACCACCCAACAGACUGGUGGGAAACCCUGCAAACAGUCCAGUGUAAAGUCGCGCAAGUGUCAACGUAAGACGAACGUCAACACGGUACAGAAAGCAGCCUCCCAUCAAAAUAGCCACAGAUCUCCACCACCUCCUGUAAAAGUAUGACUGGUUUUCAGAGACUUCUAGACUGAAUAAGACUAAAGAUGCCUCACAUGACAAGGAAGGACCUCAGAAAGUAGAUUGUGUUUCAUGAAGAGAUUAUUUAAUUAUUAGUAUUAUCUAAUUCUAUGUUUUGCGUAUUUAAUUGUAUGGUUUAGCAGGGAAGUGAAUGAAUAGUGCAAUCUUGACUCAUCUCGGCAAUGAGUAGCGAUACACGGGUGAUGGCAGGGCCAAAUAAAUGUGUAAUACUCUUAGAGGCCACUUUGUUAUGUACACCUGCACAUUCUAAUAAGAUUCAAUACAAGAGCGAUAUCUUUUUGAAGAUAAAGCUCAUUAUAAUCUACAUUGUCAGAGCUAUUGAUUUAAUAAUAAGUUUAUUAUUGUGGUUUGUAGUGGUGUACAUGGUGUACUGCAUCCUACAUUAUGUUAUUAGGUAUUAUUGGAAGUUAUGGAAAGUUCUUUCACUGCACCAUGCACACCACUCCAAACCACAACCAAAAUAAUGUUGUGGCCAGUAUAGAAUAUAUCUACUGCAUGGAAGCAGAUCAAUCUAGAAUCUCUUGCAUGUCCUAUUUGUGCCAAAGGGCCUCGGUCUGUCGGACAUUUGUGCAGAUCUAAUACACAAAUGUUUACCUUUACAGCUAUUGCUGUUGCCAGGCUGCCCAAACAAUUCAUGCAUUUGUGGAGCAUUCUUCUGGCUAUUCAAAUACACAGAAAAAACAACAAUGGUGGCAUCUCUGUUUACUAUUUUAAAGGAACAAGUCAGAUGAGGGGAAAAAGGAGCCACACAGCAAAGCUCUGUCCUUAACCUUUUAUAUUGUUAGUGUGGAUAGCAGUUCUGAAUGGACCUGCAAGCACCGAGAUAUUGUCCUGUGAAUUAAAAAAAAAGGAACGAUACCUGACAAGAGAUGGCUGAGUACCUGAGAUCAAAGGUCAAAUCAGUACAAGGUACAUCUUUUAAACCUUACAGAUAUUAUUAAAGGUCUCCUAUUAUGGAAAAUCUACUUUUUAUACUUUUUUCUUACUUAUAGUAAUAUGUGUACCUAGUUUACUUCUCUUUCAGGCUCCAAUCUUGAGAGAAGCGGCACUCAUCGGUCACUUUUCAAGUUCCGUGUUUUCAUGACUUCAUGAAGGAAAAGCUUUUUUCCUCAUGGACAUGAUAGCACCUCGAACCUGCCCCCAGCUAGAUGAGCCCACCCUCUGUAUGCACCCACCUCUUCAUGGUGGAUAGCUUUGUAUAAAAGCAGGCUUCGCUACACUUUGUAAAAUAAAAACCAUAGCUCUCCCAACUGGUCAGUCAGUAACAGACGUUGGUGCUCUGUUUGAUCAUUUUGUUUUGCUUCAGUGAAUAGGCUAACCUGGCAUGAUGUUGCUGUUGAAAGGUGACUCUGAUGUUAGCAUUGUAGCUCACAUAGCUAAGUUAGCUAGUGUUGCUAACAUGUCCUCCUGUCCCACUCCUUAAUGUUACGUUUUUGAUCUUAUCCUUCGCCGGGACUACAAAGUGCCCAGUCUGCCAAAGGACUUGCAAAAGAGUGCACAAAUAGGAAAAAAAAAUCCUACCCGACUCGAGCGAUACCAGACAUACAUCUACGGUAUUACGUUGAACAACUGUAGUUACAGCGUAUACGUACAAAAUGCUUACAGUGCACAGUAACGCUUCUGGCGGAGACAAGCGUGGACUAGUGAUGUGCGGAUUGAUACUGAAAUAUUGAUACAUCCGAUACCAGCUCUUUAUAAUCUACAAUCGAUUCAAAAUAUCGAUACUUUGAUACUUGAGUCAUUUGAGGUAAUGUAUAUUAUUAACAGGAACACAGUGGAAACAAUAUUAUUGAAAUCUUGUCUAAAUGAUACGUGGUUGGUGAGGACUACCUUUUCUUCCGCCUGGGUGAGUGUGUGAUGCGGAAGCGCAGCGGCACACUGCUCAAGUCAGUCGCCGUCUGUUGAAAAGAUGGCCGAUUGUAAACAGAGCCAUGUGUGAGAGUGAAUUGUGAAGUAGUUUUUAUUCUUACAGUAGGUCUUAAUUAUAAUUCAUUUAAAUGCUUUUAUUAUUUUACUUUAAUUGUUUACACGAGUUUAACAUAUUUUAUGUGAUUUGUCCACUGUUUUUUUCUGCUGUUGUAUAUUAGCUUGUCUGUACCGCAAUCCCUCAAAGUUUAAAAUAAAUAAAU